AUGUUGGCUAUGCCAAACAUCGCCGAUCUGCGCAUGCAGCAACAAAUCGCCCAUGAGAUAUAUCGGCAGCAGAUUAUGCAACGAUUGCCAGAUCCACUCUGCGGCCUCCUGCCAGGCUUUGGGCAUCAUUUUGUGCCCCCACAUCCACCGCUGCACGGUGUGGAGGCAAAGCUGGAGAACAAUGAGCUCUGGCAGCAGUUCCAUCAAAUUGGCACCGAAAUGAUCAUCACCAAGUGUGGCAGACGCAUGUUUCCCUCCAUGCGCGUUUCCCUGAACGGUCUGGACGAGGAUGCAAGCUAUUGCGUACUCUUGGAAAUGGUGCCCAUUGGUGAUUGCCGUUACAAAUUCUCGGGAUCCCAAUGGGUGCCCGCUGGUGGUGCCGAACCACAAAGUCCACAACGCAUGUAUCUACAUCCGGAUAGUCCAGCAACGGGCAAGCAUUGGCAGACACAACCACUGCUCUUCAGCAAAGUGAAGUUGACCAAUAAUACGCUGGAUAGUAAUGGACAUAUUGUGUUGGCCAGCAUGCACAAAUAUCAGCCGCGUCUGCAUGUCAUACGCACCGCUGAUCUGCCACAGAUACCCUGGGCCCCGCAACAGGCCUUCGUUUUUCCGGAAACGGAAUUUAUAGCCGUCACUGCUUAUCAGAACGAUCGCAUUACGAAGCUGAAGAUCGACAAUAAUCCAUUUGCUAAGGGCUUUCGUGAGUCUGGACAAUCGCGUUGCAAGCGCAAGCUGAGCGAUUCACCACCACCACCACCACCCAGGUCGACUUCAUCGACCUCCUCGUCAUCAUCAUCAUCAUCGUCAUCCUCUUCGCCAGUUGGCAUUGAGCUGGAGCCGUCGGCGAAGCGUCUGCGCACCAUUAUUGAGGAGCUGCCACAGCCGGUUGCUUCGGGCCUUAUGCAGCGCCAUUAUCUGCUGGAUACACUGGAGGCCAAUUUCUAUCUGCCACCACCGCCUCCACCUCCGUCGGCCUCGUCUCAAUCCGCCAUGCCAGCCAUGCCCAUUGAUUAUGCCAGACACAUCGCCAGCUAUCCAAGUUGGGCCUACACGCCGCCAUCGCCAGCCUCAUAUGCGCACGACGAUGGCGAGUCUUUGUCAUCGUCUGCAUCCAGUUUGGCCGAUACCGAAGCCGACGAUGGCUUUGUCGAUGUGGUCAGUACAACAACGAAUGCGCCCGAGAUUGUGGCCAGCACCCCCGUGCCCGCCGCUGCACCCAAACGGAGCAGCUUCAGCAUCUCGGACAUAUUAGGAAGUACCGUCUCGGCUUAG